AUGCCGCUCAUCAAGACCCGUGCGUCCGGCGCCGGCGAGGAGGAGUUGUCCACGGAGGUGGUGGUGGUCCGGCACGGGGAGACCCCGUGGAACAAAUCCAAAAUCAUCCAGGGACAACUGGAUCCGGAGCUAAAUGAGGCUGGCAGGCUGCAAGCCAUCGUGGUGGCCAGCCGUCUGUCGAGCGAAGCCAGGCCUGCCGCCGUAUACUCUUCUGACUUGAGGCGAGCCUCUGAGACUGCUGAAAUCAUAGCGGGAGCUUGCGGUGUAUCAAAUGUGGUGUUGAAUGAGGCGCUUAGAGAAAGGCACAUGGGAUAUCUCCAAGGUCUCACGUGGGACGAUGCCAAGGCCCUGGCUAAGAGUUCAGAUUCUUUCAGAGGCUUUGAUAUCUACAAGAUGACCGAGGGUUCUGAUCCUGACAGCAGAAAUCAAGAAAUGCCCGGUGGUGGAGAGAGCAUGAAUCAGCUGAACGAACGUUGUGUCUCCUACUUGAAUAAGAUUGCUCAACAACACAUUGGGGAGCGAGUGGUGGUGGUCUCCCACGGCGCGGCCAUACUUGGGCUCUGCCGGCACGCUAAUCCACUCAACAACUUCACGAGCAAGGACAUCCCCAACACUUCGCUGAACGUUUUCCGUAUCUCCGGCGUCACCGGGCAGUGGACUCUUGAGAGGUGGGGAGACAUGAGCCAUCUUGGAGGAAAUCAAUUUUAG